ACUGAGGCACGCGAGGUUCCGGCAGUUUGCAUCUCGCCCCGCUGCAGCAUGAGCCGAUGGAGUCUUUCGUUCUGGUUCCCGCUGCUCCUGCUGCUGCUGCCCGCGGGCCCCGGGGAGCCCUCGCCUGUGAACCCCUGUUGCUACUACCCAUGCCAGCACCAGGGCAUCUGUGUCCGCUUUGGCCUUGACCGCUACCAGUGUGACUGCACCCGCACGGGCUAUUCUGGCCCCAACUGCACCAUCCCUGAUCUGUGGACCUGGCUCCGGAAUUCAUUGCGGCCCAGCCCCUCUUUCAUCCACUUCCUGCUGACACACGGGCGCUGGAUCUGGGAGUUUGUCAAUGCCACCUUCAUCCGUGACAUGCUCAUGCGCCUGGUACUCACAGCGCGUUCCAACCUUAUUCCCAGCCCCCCCACCUACAACAUAGCACAUGACUACAUCAGCUGGGAGGCCUUCUUCAACUUGACCUAUUACACUCGUGUUCUGCCUUCCGUGCCCCAAGACUGCCCCACACCCAUGGGGACCAAAGGGAAGCAGCAGCUGCCAGAUCCCCAGCUCCUGAGCCGUCGCUUACUGCUCAGGAAGAAGUUCAUACCUGACCCCCAAGGUGCCAACCUCAUGUUUGCCUUCUUCGCACAACACUUCACCCACCAGUUCUUCAAAACUGCUGGCAAGAUGGGUCCUGGCUUCACCAAGGCCUUGGGCCAUGGGGUGGACCUUGGCCACAUUUAUGGGGACAAUCUGGACCGUCAGUAUCAGCUGCGGCUCUUUAAGGAUGGGAAACUCAAGUACCAGAUGCUGGGCGGAGAGAUGUACCCGCCAUCGGUGGAAGAGGCGCCUGUGUUGAUGCACUACCCAAAGGGCAUUCCGCCCAAGAGCCAGAUGGCUGUGGGACAGGAGGUGUUUGGACUGCUUCCCGGGCUCAUGCUUUAUGCCACGCUCUGGCUGCGUGAACACAACCGCGUGUGUGACCUGCUGAAGGCUGAGCACCCCACCUGGGGAGAUGAGCAGCUCUUCCAGACGGCCCGCCUCAUCCUUAUAGGGGAGACCAUCAAGAUCGUCAUCGAGGAGUACGUGCAGCAGCUGAGCGGCUACUUCCUGCAGCUCAAGUUCGACCCAGAGCUGCUGUUCAGCUCCCAGUUCCAGUACCAGAAUCGCAUUGCCUUGGAGUUCAACCAUCUCUACCACUGGCACCCGCUCAUGCCCGACUCCUUCACGGUGGGCUCCCAGGACUACAGCUACGAGCAGUUCCUGUUCAACACCACCAUACUGGUGAACCAUGGGGUGGAGGCCCUGGUGGACGCCUUCUCUCGCCAGAGCGCUGGCCGGAUUGGUGGGGGUAGGAACAUAGACCACCACAUCCUGCAUGUGGCCAUGGAAGUCAUCAAGGAAUCUCGAGAGCUGCGGCUGCAGCCUUUCAAUGAGUACCGCAAGAGGUUUGGCAUGAAGCCCUACACCUCUUUCCAGGAGUUCACAGGAGAAAAGGAGAUGGCAGCUGAAUUGGAGGAGCUAUAUGGAGACAUUGAUGCCUUGGAGUUCUACCCGGGACUGCUUCUUGAGAAGUGCCAUCCAAACUCCAUCUUUGGGGAGAGUAUGAUAGAAAUUGGGGCUCCCUUUUCCCUCAAGGGCCUCUUAGGGAAUGCCAUCUGUUCUCCCGAGUACUGGAAGUCAAGCACGUUUGGUGGUGAAAUGGGCUUCAACAUUGUUAAGACGGCCACACUGAAGAAGCUGGUUUGCCUCAACACCAAGACUUGUCCCUAUGUUUCCUUCCACGUACCUGACCCUCUCCAGGAUAAUGAGCCUGGUGUGGAGCGGCCAUCCACAGAGCUCUGAGGGCAGCAGCAUUCUGGAGGAUAGGGCUUUUUGCUUGCCUUCCAGAGUGCUGAGGCCAAGGUGAAUAGUCUUAAACAUUGGGUUUCUAGAUUGGCAUCAAGAAUAUCGGAGUUGCAAUGUAGAAUUCUGUGUCUUUCACCUGUUAUGUGGAAUGUUGUGGUCUUGUCAUUCUAGAAUACUGAAUUCCUGGUUAACCAUCCAGAAUGUUAGAAGUGGUUCAUUGGCAUGCCUGAAAACUGGGUUCCUGGUUGACAACCUAGAAUGCCAGAUUUAUGGUUGAUAUGGAAUAUAGGCAUUCUAAAAUUCAGAGUUCCUGAUGAAAUAAUACAGAAAGUUAGAGGAUUCCUAUUUUGCAUUCUAGACUUCUGAUUGGCGAUUCAAAAUGUUGUUGAUCUGGUUGCUGAUCCAAAAUCCUGGUUGGUUUGUCAGAUCAGUCUUGGUCUCAAUGUCUAGAAUGUUGAUUUUCCUAUUCAGGGAGAUAUCUAUAGAGCAGGAGAAUCGAAUGUCUAACAAGAAUGCAUUGCCUGAAUCUGUGCCUGUAUGGAGGGGGCAAAGCGGUGAGUGCUCUUUUGGGGACUCCAACUUAGACUCUGGUCUGAGGAUACAGAAAGAACAGGUGAGCUUUUUUCCAGGCCACUGGUCAGAAGCCACCAGAGCUCUGUAUCCAUCCAGGUCUUGACUCAUGGCAGCUGUUCCCCAUGAAGUGAAUAAAAUUCUUUUUCCAA